AAUCUAUUUAUUACUCUCACCAUUAUCACCACCCUUAAGUAAGGUCGCUUGCUCUAUUUUAGCUCUCUCUCUCAUAUUCGAUUGCCUGAACUCUCGCAAAAGUUUCUCCGAUCGGUUUCUUCUUCUUCCCGUAAUCUUCACCAGGUAUGGCAUCAUCUGAUGAACCAGAAGUAACUGAAAGGGGUCUUAAGAAUGAGAAGGAUGAGGAAGACAAAGAACAAAAAGGGGGAUUUCUUGAGAAGGUGAAGGAUUUCAUCCAUGAUAUUGGUGAGAAGAUUGAGGAGACAAUUGGAUUUGGGAAGCCAACUGCUGAUGUUACUGCUAUUCAUAUCCCUAAAAUUAACCUUGAGAAGGCAGAGAUAGUUGUUGACGUGCUCAUAAAGAAUCCGAAUCCCAUUCCCAUCCCCUUGAUUGACAUAAACUACUUGAUUGAGAGUGAUGGAAGGAAGCUAGUUUCUGGAUUGAUUCCGGAUGCUGGGACUAUAAAGGCACACGGGGAAGAAACUGUGAAAAUACCAGUGCAUUUAAUUUAUGAUGACAUCAAAAGCACAUACGAUGAUAUUGAACCUGGAAGCAUCAUCCCAUACAAGGUCAAGGUUGACCUUAUUGUAGACGUACCUGUUAUUGGAAGGUUGACUCUACCACUGGAGAAAAAUGGGGAGAUCCCGAUACCUUAUAAGCCUGAUGUUGAUCUUGAGAAGAUAAAAUUCGAGAGGUUCUCUUUUGAAGAAACAGUUGCAGUUCUUCACUUGAAAUUAGAAAACUUAAAUGACUUUGAUCUGGGCCUUAAUGCACUAGAUUAUGAGGUUUGGCUAUCUGAUGUCAGCAUUGGAGGUGCAGAAAUCAAAGAAUCUACAACGAUCAAGAAGAAGGGAAUAAGUUAUAUUGAUGUUCCCAUCACCUUCCGUCCCAAGGAUUUUGGUUCUGCUCUGUGGGACAUGAUUCGAGGAAGAGGUACUGGCUACACCAUAAAAGGACAUGUUGAUGUGGACACACCUUUUGGAGCUAUGAAGUUACCCAUUAGCAAGGAGGGUGGUACAACUAAAUUCAAGAAGAAUAAAGAAGAUGGUGGUGAUGAUGAUGAUGAUGAGGAUUAAACAAAGCACUUAUGGGAGUUAUUCAAUCACUGGCUUUUGUUAGUUGUUGGUACAACUGUUUACUAAAAUAAUAUAUUAGCCGAUGCUUGACACCAUGGAAACAACUUCUGAGGAUGAUGCACAUACAUCUUAGACACAAAAGAUGGUAUUUUGUAUUUAUAUUUUUACGCAUGAGUUUUCAUGGUGAUGUAGACUGCCCUAUGUGGGGCAUUUUAUUUGGAUAUCUACUCUUCUGAGCGUCUGGAUCCAGUGGUUGUAACUUUUAUCUUCUGAACUUGUCUGGUUAGUUCGGUUGCUUGUGUUUCGGUUGACUUGUGGAUUAAUUUAUGUACCUGAUUAACGAUGUUGUGUUUAGUAAUGAUCCGCUGUUUUCUCA